GUCAAGUCAAUGUUGAGGAACUAUUUACCUCGUGAUAUGAGUAUUAUGGAAAAAAUAGCUGAUGAUUUAACGGUUAAAUUGGAAUUCGUCGAAGUCACCACAAAAACUCCGCGAUAUUCAAAUUUAAAAGAUAGUUUUCCUAUUUUUAUAAUUUCCACAUUUGGUCCUAAACCCUUGGAAGGUUUGAUUUCCAACCUUAUGAGUCCAGCAUUUUGUUCCAGCAUUGGUACAAGUGAAUGUCCCAGAGAAUCAGCAUUAAAGUUGUAUAAAUCUCUGAAUCGCAUCCAAAGUAAAGCAGGAGUUACUCUAUUAUCUGAAACCUGGUCCACUCCGAUAGUUUUUGAAUUAAUGAAACUACUGGAUAAAGAUGGAAGAAAAUAUCGAUUAUUCACCUUGGAAGGCAAUCCUUUGACUUGGAAAGAUCGUAUUCGAAGUCUUGGACCGAUAAAUUCGAGUCAAUUUGAAAAUAAUCUGAUCGCCGAAUUAUUCAAUAUCAGUUCGGAAAUCCCAUUGGAUACCUUAUUAGGAGUGAACAAACCAUUACCUCAAAAAAUAUCAGAUUACAUGUGCAGUCGAAAUUAUCCGUCGAUUAAUAUCUUCAAGAUUUUAAAAAUUCUUCACUCAAUUCAGCUCGGAGUAGACAUGAUUUCCAAAUACGAAUGCGACGAUCAAUUAAUCAAAAAUACCAUUUGCUUGUCACAGAAUCCAAAUGAAAGAGAAAUAUUGCGGAUGUCUGUCACGAGUGAAGUGUUUGUGCAUGAAGAAGAUGAUUAUCAGAAAUUUUUAAGCAGUUAUGAAGUUUCGAAAAAAAUUAAUAGCAACAUUUUACACACCGUGUGGUAUGACUAGAAACUUUUUAGCCAUCCAGAGGUCCGGCGAUUUGGAUUCUUUUGAAUGCAAUUCCAGAUUCUCCACUAGAAGAAUAAAAAAAGAAAUCGAGAGUCGUUCCUAUGACUAUUGUAUUGUUCAAUUCUCUCGAUUCACCAUGCACACUCUCGAUUCUAAAUCACCUUUCUCUACUAAAAACUACAAAUUAAAUACAGGCAAAUGAUUCGUUGAAUUAAUACCUACUUAGCAAUGAACUGUGUUCUUUUCUCGUGAAAUAUUCCUUAUGUGUAAGAAAUACUACGAAUAGAGAGAGGAAAAGAUGACGAUGACAAGUGUAUAUAAUUGCACAGAAACGAAAGAUGUAAGCUAUAAUUUAAAACAGCUAGUGUAAGCUAGCUACAAAAAGAAUAAAGAUAGGCAACGAAUUCACAAAAUCCAAGUAGAACUAAGUAGGUAUGCAUGAUCUAAAAAGUGUAGGCGGAAACUGGAUCUCUGGACAAUGAUAACUGAAUAGCCAGGACCUGUAACAGAAAUAAUUACAGGCGCUUCUGAGUACAGAAACUCAAACUACAAGCACAAAUGAACAAUCAAAUAUCACAUCAAAUAUUAACAUUCCAUUCUCAGGACCAAUGUGAAAAUAACUGGUACCUACUUACUAGCUGUACUCAACC